ACACAUUUUGUACUUCACCUUAUUAUUUAUAGUUACUAACUCAUAAAAGUUUGAAAUUUUAAGUUAUAAGUAAACUAAGAACCAUGUCUGUCAAGUAAAGUAAGAACCAAGCCUCUGACUGCAUGUACAAAAUACAUUCUUUCUUGAAUAGGGCAGUGGUGGAUACCUUUUCAGAAGGGCAGAUUCUUUAAUCCAUAAAGUUCUUGGAAUAGUGGGGAGAAUCCCUUUGUUCAGUAUAGCCUGCAGUGCAAUUACCUGCCUCCCUCAUGUCUAUAGAAAGAGUCCUAUAUUUUUGAGAUGUUUUAUAAUGAAUCACCUGACUUACCAAUCACAGUGCUGUCUUCUUUGUAAAGUAUUUCCAACCACUUACUGGUCUUUUCCAUUGGUCAUGUUACUGUUACUUGACACUAGUGCUUGUAGUUUUGUUCCAGACCUGUUGGUCAGGUGUGGAGAAAAAAUUGUGUAAAGGUGUUUUAGUUGAGUUAAAAAAGGUUUAAUAUUAAAUUUUUUAUGUCUGGAAAUCGAUAUGAUUCGGGCCUUUGGGCUCCCUGUGGCUACUUGAAGAAAACAAACCCUGGUAAUGAACUAGUUCAAAAUGAAUCAUUCAAAUAUUUUCCAACCAAAAAUGAUUUGCUUAUCAAAUUCAAAAAAAGCACCUCUUCAAAUUUUUCUAGUUCUACUAGUUAUGAGAAAAUUGAGCGAGAACACUUAGGAGUCUCAAAAUCCCUCAACGAUAUUACGGUGUUGCGGCAAGAAAUAAAUAACAAUUUUGUGGACGCGCUAACAGAACCUAAAAACAAUCAAAAAGGCAAAGAUACUCAGCAAAGUAGCAUUAUUUUGAAAACUGUCAAAGAGGAUAAGUGCAAUAGUAAUCCAUCUUUCAGUUCUUUACCUACCUCUAGUCUUUUAAAUGCAUCUAACACUGUGCCUUUUGUCACCACACAAAAUGGAAAUAAAAUGCUUUUAGUAAUUCAAGAAAAUUCUGAUUUAUCAACAGAGACGCAAUCACCUUUUAAAGUUGACUAUUCCAAUGCACAAAUACCAUCUUCAUUGCCAUAUACUGCUCAAGUAAAUGAUUUAAGCUUUUCAAGAAGGAAUGGUGACAUAGAGAACGAGAUGCAGAAUACUGCUAUGUCUGGUAUUUCACCUUCUACAACUUCACAAUAUGGAAAUAAAAAUAAAGUUGAUUUGCAGCAUAUAAAUUAUAGAAUCUCCACUUCUGUAAUUGAAAACAAUAAAACUCUACAAAUGGAAACAACUUCUGUUGAAGGCCAGAGUUUCCAUUUGCCUAGUUCUAUUUACGGUACACCAGCUUCUACAGUUGAAAAGAUGUUGACAAAUCAGGAGACAUCUGAUAAAGUCAAUAAAGAGGGAAAAACAAGUUUUCUUCAAGAAAUUUUGGAGCAGAAAUCAGUAAAAUCAAAAAUUAACAGUUCAGAUUUGAAUAGUGAGAUUAAAAAUGUUGGACCUGAUUCCUUUGCUGCUUCUGCAACAACUUUCUCCAACCUCAAUUUACCAAUGAGUGACAAUGAACGAUCAUAUCCUAAACUCAAACUGAGUAUUCCUGAUGCUCUGGCAACUGAUGAUUCCAACUCAUCUGUAUUCUCUACAGAAUCAUCCAAAUCUUUAAAGUUUCCAAGAAUUACUAGUCCACAAAUUUUAGAGCAGCAUAUAAAUAAACUUAUAUCAAAUAAUAUUGCCAUAAUUGAUACCGUUGAUGCUGUAUGGUCUCGUCGCUAUUCCAAACAAAUUAGUACAUCUGCAGCUCCUGAUGGAGAGUCCAAAAAAGUUGCACAAAAACCUGAAAAACCAAAUGAAGAAAAAACUACAUCUCUGAACUUUGUUGAAGGUGGAGCUAAAUCUAAACUGCAAUCGGCUUUGCUGAGAGGCUCAGAAGAAGUUAUUGCAAACUCAAAUAAAAACUCUUUACUGCCUAAAAUCCCUUUAUCUAAAGAUAAAAUUCCUUCGCAAAUUAAUAAUAUUCCAAAUAAUGCUGUACCUGUAACACCUUAUACAAAAGUAAUUACGACAGUAUCUGAAGAGGAACUGAAAGGAAAUGCUAUAAAAAGCCUGUUAAGUUUGAGACAAGGGCAAUAUAUAAAAGAAACAAAUGUUUUUGAUAAAGAUGCCUUUGCUCAGCAUCCUCAAAAUCCUGAGGGUAGCAUAAUCAAAGAUUUGCUCUUAAAAAGUAAAUCACAAGAGGAUUUGCGAAUAUAUAAUGAAGAUAAUUUUUAUGAAACAUCUUACCAAAGGAAAAUUUUGAAUCAUAGAUUAACCACUCCAUUGUUCAAAUGCUCUCGCUGUAAUGCUGAAUUUCCAGAUAAAUUCUCUUAUGAAAAUCAUUGUGCUCUAUGUUCAAAUUAUAUUGGAAAUAACCUGUUAGCUCUCAGGGAUCAUGUUAAAGAUAUAAACGCACAAUCUAAAUCAUUAUCAUUAGAGUGUCAGAGUAAAGGUAAGAAAAUAGUUCAACCUGAAAAUUUAAACACAGUUUCAAUAGACGAUGAUGAUGGACCCAUUUUAAAGAAACAGCUCCUAAUGCCACUCGCAAAGAGUCCACCAAUUAAGAGAAGAAAAGUUUCUGAUUCUGUGAUAUCACCUUCUUAUUUUUCUAAUCAAAACAAUGAUUUAAAAAAUUUUUCCACUAAAUUGCUAAACUCAGAUUUGAUGCCUUAUCGUAGCCGAUCUCAGAGUGUACAUUUAUUUGGCGGAGAAGUUCAGGUUUUAGAUGGCUACAGAACAAAAAAGAUAAAAAUACAAAAUUUACAUGGUGCCUUUUCUACAUUACCAACAAAAUUUACAGAUAAUUCUGUUGUUAAACCAAAUUUUUCCACUGAUAUAGAUAAUGAUGUGAGCAAUUUAUCUGCAGCUCUUGUUACUAUUGCUCAACCAGUGCAUAACUCAGGAGGCACGCUUCAUUUGCCAACAAGACUGACUACCUCUUGUUUAACUCCUACAGUUACUGCUCCAAAUGCUAUUGCAGAUGUUUCUAAUUAUACUAGAUUGGAAUCUGCAACAGCAAGCUCAAAUGUAUCUAAAACUAUCCACAUACCCUCCAAUAGAGAUACCCAGUUCCCACUAUAUAAUAAAUCAGUUUUAAAGCAAUCACAGACUCCAGAGCUUUUCUAUAGCUCUGUUAAGGGCAGCGUACUGCCUGGUCCUCCAAAUGAUGAGUUAUCUACGAUAGUGAAAGCUAAUGUUUCACCAUCAAAUAAACUCUUUUACUCUCCUAUUUUUUCUACAAUAGAUGACAAGUUUGAAACCUUCACUAAGGGCAAAGAUACUGAAAGUAAGGGUAGCCAUGUUGUUCCUACUGUCUUAUUUACUCCGAGUAGUCCAACUUUUUCAGCUGCUGAUGAAGAGGUUUCACCUGCAAAUAGCAUAUCAGAGCCAAAUAAGAAAUUCCUUGCACCAACUAGACCCACAUCUUUGCCUUUGAAAAAGAAAGCCGUUACAAUGGUUUCUUUUGGGACUGGGACAACUUUAAUCAGCCCUGAAACUCCCAGACCUAAAAAGAAUUGUGUACAGCUUUAUUUAAAUGGCCAUGCUUAUACUUAUUUGGGAUUAAAAUGUUCAACCAGGUCUACAUAUUGUUGUAUUUACCGUCCUCAACCAAUGUUUGUUCUUCAAGAUACGAAUCCAAAGCUCUCUAUGUAUUCCAAUUGGCAAGUUGUACCAGCAAAGGAAGAACUUUCAGGUUUCACGCCUGGCCAAAUGAUUUCUUUUUAUUGCUCAAAACAAAAAAGAGACGUGAAAUCAGUUACAUCUGUCUCAAAAGUGGGAGAGCCAUUGAUAUUUACUCAUUCAAGCUAUUGGACAUACAGAUCUAAAGAUAGUGCUGAGCAAAGGGCAAAAACACCUGUAUCGAAUGAUUUAAAUGAGAUUAAAAUUUCAGCAGAAGCUGUUCAGGAUUCUGUGCCAGCGGAAAACAUUCGCAGUGAGUCUGUUAUCACUAUUGCUAGCAAAUCGGAUCGACCAUUUUUAUCUGGUGAUGAAUCCAGUAUUCCAAUAGACACUGAAAAUACUUUGUCUGAUGGUGAUGUAAAUAAUUCAAAUGAUGAAGAUGAGGAUGACUGCCAAGAUGAUGGUACAGAAUCACUAACUGAUUCCAGUCAACCUCAACCUCCAAAGCGGGUAAAAAUCUUUGAAGGAGGAUUCAAAUCUAACGAGGAUUAUACUUACGUCAGAGGAAGAGGGAGGGGGAAAUACGUGUGUGAAGAAUGUGGCAUUCGCUGCAAGAAACCCAGUAUGCUGAAAAAGCAUAUACGUACACACACUGAUCUACGACCCUAUAAAUGUAAUCAUUGCUCAUUUGCUUUCAAAACCAAAGGAAAUCUUACAAAACAUAUGAAAUCAAAAGCUCAUCAUAAAAAGUGCACAGAACUUGGUAUCAUUCCUGUUCCAACUACUACCGAUGAUUCCCAAAUUGAUGCAGAAGCUUUAGCCAAACAGGAACAGAUUGAGAAGAAGAAAAAUCAGUUUUCUGAUGGUGAAGAGGCAGAUGAUGAUGAUGAAGAAGAUACUGAUGAAAGUGAUGAUGAAUGUGAAAGUGAUGCAAGCAGUCUGAUUGUUACUAGCCAAAAUUCCAGCAGAAUGUUGACAAACGGCCAUUCAAAGAAAUCAGAUGCUCAAGAAAGAAGUACAGACAGUUUUGACGAAAGCAUACGUGGACAUGAAUCUACUUCUCAGCAGGCUGAAGAACAUGAAGUUGCCAGAAGUUUAUUAAACUUAUCAGCAUUUGGAGAGCCCAGUCAAUGGUCUACUAGUACAGGUGAUUUAACUGAUGUGACAUCUCCAUGUGAAAGUGAUGUUGGAUCAUUACUACAAGGUCAUGACCAAUCACUCUUAUCACCUUCAUUUGUUUCUCAUGGUUUAUCUUCAACUGCAGUAUCAUCAGCAAAAUCUAAGGCAGUUUCUGAUCAGUGGCUUUCUACUGAAACACUUGGACAUAGACCACGUUCAUACUCUGCUGAUAUUCCUCUUAGUGGUGCAAAACAUGUCAAGUACAAAUUAGUUAAAGAUAUCAUUGCUGAAACUGGUACAAAACUUCAAGUUGAUGAAUCAUCAGAAUUCGGUAGCAAGGAUCAGUAUGCAAGACGCUAUUCCAUAUCAGUUGCAAGGGAAGCAAGAAAGCCUCGUACCUUAAAUUCUCAAGAAUGGGCCAGUUUAAAUAUAGCUUCUUUGGGUCCACGUAAAUUAAGAGAUCCUGAAUCUGCUGAUCAACCAAUGGAUCUUAGUAUUACUCGAGAUCUUGGUAAAUGUAAAUCUGCCUAUUCAGCUGAUAUGGCUGGGUCUUUAAUUAACAUAGUAACUCAGGAAGAGGCUCUUACAGAUAUGAGCCUUACUACCAGCCUGGACUCUUGUCUAAGUGAGUCUUAUCAACUGAAACCUCUACCAGUUCUAUCUCCUCAGGUUCUUGUUGAUUAUGAAACUAGUGAUAACAAUAACACAGACCAGUCUUUGCUUCCUCUAAUUGAUGAUCAGUCAUCCUUAGGAACUUCUACGAGAUCUAUAUUUUACAUGCAGGAUGUGCCUUCUCUUGAAAAUGUGACAAAACGUAAAGAUACAGACAUCAUAGAUGAUGCGUCUAGUCCUGAUAUGGCAGAAUAUGCUGCUGUCUGUUCACCUGUAUCUCCACCAACAUUAGAGGAUAGUGCUUAUUACUAUUCUCAAGAGGGUGGGCAAUCUUUAGGCAACUCUGAAGAAUCUGCAUCAUCAUCACGGCACCAAGCUGAGUUCAUUGUUCCCAGUACCUCUUCCUCUGGUAACAUAGAAGAAGGAAAAUGUGUAUGCCGAAUUUGUAACAAAAUGUUUGCUAAAUCUAGCCACCUCCGACUGCAUGUCAACAUACAUUAUUUUGAGAGACCUUUUCGUUGUGAUAACUGUGCUGUUUCAUUUCGUACAAAGGGACAUUUGCAGAAACAUAAACGCUCAGUAAGUCAUUACAAUAAAGUUAACAUGAACUUAACAUUUGGAACUCCUUCUGUUGACAAUCCAAGACCAUUCAAAUGUGCUGAUUGUAAAAUAGCAUUUAGGAUCCAUGGUCAUUUAGCAAAACAUUUGCGUUCAAAAAUGCACAUAAUGAAGCUGGAAUGUUUAGGAAAGUUACCAUUCGGAAUGUACGCUGAAAUGGAACGAUCAGGUGUUAGUUUAAAUGAAAUAGACACUACCGAUUGCAAUAAUUCUUUAGAAAGUCUUCAAGUAAUGGCACAAAAGCUAUAUCAGCGUGAUCCUCGCAGAAUGCGUUGGCAAGGUACCGAGCAAACAACUGAUUCAACUUGUGUAAUGCCAACUUUUUCAACUACAAAUACUCAAUCUCUGAUUGAUUCCAUGCUACCCUUAGCAGAAACAUCAUUUGAUUCAUCAAGAAUAGUUAGCAUGCCUGUGUCUACUUUGUCUAAUGCAAAACAACCUUCAAGCAAAGAUGAUGUUAAGCAAGAGACAUCACAAACAAAUGUUCUGCAUUUGCAAUCAGCGAAUGUUGAUUCUGACAGUGCCAUUUCCUCUUUGCCACGCUAUAUUGCUCCACAAACUGUAACAUCACCUGGACAAGAACCUGCUCCACAUAUUGAAGCAUCUGCAUUAGAAUCUGCUAUGUCAUUAAAUCGGUCUGGUACCUGCCAUAUUUGUGGUCGACAUUUCAAAAGUGCAAAAUUUUUACAAGUUCAUCUUUAUUGUGAUCAUCCAACUUUGACUCCUUCUUCUGCAAAUGAGACACCAUCGGUCAAUGUUUCUCCUUGUUUUACUGAAUCGGGAGAACUAGUUUGUGAUCUGUGUGGAAAACAGUUUCCUAAUCAAAAAGUUUUACAACAACACUUGUUGUCACAUGCUCAGCCUCGACCUUUUGUGUGUGAAAUAUGUGAUGCUGGCUUCACGUCCUCAUCAUCCCUUGUGGCUCAUCAAGUAACUCAUCAAAACAAUCCAUUAGUCUCAACUUUACAGACAACAGAAUAGUGCAAUUAAAAUAAUUGGUGCAAUCUAUGAAAAUGCAGGAACUGCUGAUGACAAAGAAAACCCUCUACCAAGUUAAUUUUUCAUACACCCAGUUCCAUGUCUGGAAUGGUUUGGGUGCUAUUAGUCUUGGUUGUAUGUAAUUCUGAUUUAAAAGUGUACAAUCUACCAUAUUAUGGUAUGCAUAUUAUAUGAGAACUGUUUGCCAGUCUUAUGUGCAUCGCCAAAGUUUAAAAUGUUGUUGGAUGUUGUUAUGGCCGAUGCCAAAAGUAGAACGCACAAUUUUAAUCGUUUUAUGGACAGGUUCUACUAAUAGCUUUUUAAGUUUUUCAAUUCUUAAUAAAAGUCAAAUUCCAAGUUGAAAUUUUAAUGUCAUUUUAAUCCCUAUGUGGAAUUCUAAAUAUGUCAAGUGAGCAGAGUUGUUAUCAGUUAAAUGUUCUUGUGUAUGUUUUCACAUUUUUACAAAGUUAUUUCAUUGUUGAGUUUUUUUAAAUAUAUAUUUUUGCGUUUUAUUUAUUAAUAGAAAUCAAAAAUGUAAACAUUUAGUUAUGAAUCUGUUUUGCAUGCAAAGACUUCAGAAAUUAAAUAAAAGUAAUUGUGAAUUGAUUGCUCUUUGACCUUAUCUUUUUUUCUGUAACAAACAAGCAACAGGCUACUAAUAUUGAAAAUUCCAUAACUAUGUAAAGUCUAUAGGAUAAACCGGACUAGAUUUUGGAUAAGUCAUAUUCUUAUGAGUAAAAAUGAGUAAGACAGAAGUUAUAUGUUAAUAAAUUUUUUGUGCCAUGAUUUCAAA